AUGCUCAGCUCAAGAUCCGUCGCGACGCGGUCACGGUGUCUCACCUCGGGCACUGCGGUUCUACGCACCCGCGCUGCAAGCGCAUCACCGUCGAUUACCACACUGCGAGAGUUCCAGUCAAGUCGACCAAAUGGCGCGUUCCGACCGACUUGGAUGCCCAUGCGAGUGAAGACGCCUUGGAUUGAGGCGCUGAACAAGAGUCGCGAAGCCGGACAGUCUGGUCGGUCGGAGGCGCCUCGCCCUAAGCCGAACUUGACACCGAAGAGGAUGUCGGAUAGUUUCUACAGUGCUAUUCUACCGCUGGCCCAGGAUAAGUGGCUCCUGGAUACUUACCUGAAUGCUUCGGGCAAUAUUCGAUUGGGCUCGUUGCUGAUGGACCUUGAUGCUCUGGCGGGUGUUAUUGCCUACAGACACACCGGGGACUCGGUGACAACAGUGACUGCAGCAGUUGACCGGAUCACAAUCGAGCACCCGCUGAUGGAGAUCUGCGAUCUCGAGUUGAGUGGCCAGGUGACGUACGCGACAGGACGCUCAAGUAUGGAGGUGUCGCUCCAGGUCGCCAAGGUUCCUGCUGCUGGGGAGAAGCCCAGCCCCGAGGAUGUACUCAUCACUUGUGCGUUUACAAUGGUAUCGCUGGACCCGGUGACAAAAACGCCUGCGUCUGUUGCGCCUCUUCUGAUCGAAACGGAGGAAGAGCGGGAACUGUUCAAGAAAGGAGAGAAGAACUACCAAGCUAAGAAAUCCCUACGGACGAGGAGUCUUCUUGCGAAGGCACCUGACUCGGAGGAGAGCAACCUCAUUCACUCCCUGUGGACAAAGGAGAUGUCAUAUCUGAACCCCGAAACCUCUGACCAGCGACCCCCAAACACCAUCUCGAUGAGCGAUACAGUUCUUAAGUCCGCUAUGAUAAUGCAGCCACAAGACCGCAACCGGCACAACUUCAUGAUCUUCGGCGGCUUCCUACUCAAACAGACCUUCGAACUCGCCUUCUGCUGCGCAGCCGCCUUUUCCCACGCCCGGCCCAACUUCAUCUCACUCGACCCCAGCACAUUCGAGAACCCGGUUCCGGUAGGGAGCGUACUGUACCUGCGUGCAACGGUUGCUUAUACCGAGCCUCUUGAACGAGAAGGCGGCGCGGGAAGCAAGUAUACCAAGAUCCAGGUGCGUGUAGACACGAAGGUGCGGGAUGUGGAGCACGGCACGAAGAAGCCGACUGGCAUGUUCAAUUAUACGUUCCUGGUUGAAGGUGAUGUGCAUGUUAUGCCCAAGAGCUAUAGCGAGUACAUGGUUUGGACGGAUGCGAGGCGACGAGCUAAGAACACGGAUGCGCUGGCGCCGGGGAAAGAGAGGAGUGCGCUGAGAAGCCUUGAUAGCGUGACUGAGUAG